AUCGUAUGAUACACAGAUUACUAGUAUAUAUUUGUUUAAUAUCGCUUUACAGCAAACUGCAAAGUCGCUUCUCAUGUUUGAUGUUUCUGGUUUCACACCAAUUUAGAUUAAUUUAUUAAAUAAUAUUCAUUAUUUAUUAAACAAAUUACACAUUCUUAUAUGGGUGUAAAAUGAGUGACAUUCCAGAAAAUGCGCCGCAACAUUGUCCUGGAAGCGGCAGUGCAGAAGCAGGUAAAGCAUCGGCGUGUGCUGGCUGCCCUAACCAAAAUCUGUGCGCUUCAGGACCAGUAGGUCCAGAUCCGGCUAUAGAAAUAAUCAGAAACCGCUUGGCAAAUGUGAAGCACAAAAUCCUGAUUCUCUCCGGCAAGGGUGGUGUGGGCAAGAGCACAGUGACAUCUCUACUGGGACAUGGACUCUCUAAAAGGGAUCCCAAUGUCAAUGUGGGCGUGCUGGACGCGGACAUCUGCGGGCCGAGCCAGCCGCGCGUGCUGGGCGUGCGCGGCGAGCAGGUGCACAGCUCCGGCUCCGGCUGGUCGCCCGUGUACGUGACUGACAACCUCAGCCUGAUGUCUAUCGGGUUUCUGCUGGGCAGCCCCGACGACGCCGUCAUAUGGCGCGGACCCAAGAAGAAUGGGAUGAUCAAACAGUUUCUGAGCGAGGUGGACUGGGGAGACCUGGACUAUCUGCUCAUCGACACGCCUCCAGGUACGUCGGACGAGCACCUCUCCACCGUACAAUAUCUGUGCGGGGGCGGGGCUACCGCGGGGGGUGGGGCGCGGGCGGUGUUAGUGACGACGCCGCAGGAGGUGGCCCUGCUCGACGUCCGCAAGGAGCUGGACUUCUGCCGCAAACUGAAUAUACCCGUGUUGGGGGUAGUUGAAAACAUGAGCGUAUUCGUGUGCCCCGCGUGUAAUGUGCAAAGUGAACUGUUUCCUGCGACGACGGGCGGCGCGGCGGCGUUGUGCAGCGACGCGGGGCUGCGGCUACUCGGGCGGCUGCCGCUUGACCCGCGCCUCGCGAGAUGCUGCGACUCCGGCCGCGACUAUCUCGCUGAGCUCCCGAAUGCGCCCGCCGCACAGGCCCUCACGAGUAUUGCUAAUGAAAUUGUGGCAGCAUGUGAAAACUCUUCACAGUAAAUGUUGAAAAUGUACUCCGGAGGAGGCUGUUUAAUUAUUAUGUUCAAAUGAAAUCAUGUUACUUAUGUGAUAAUUGUAAUAUUAUAUUAAUGCUACCCUAGUCACUGUACAAAUGAUA